AUGGUCAGACCACGCGAACCCUCCCCGUCCGACACCGCUGCAACUCGUCUGAAAGACAUGAUGCUUCGCGAGGAGAUUCUACAGGAAUAUCGCGAUCAGCUGGCGAAGUUCAAGAAGCUCGACGACGAGUCAACCGACCACCGUGUUGCCCGAGAUAUGGCCAAGUUCUCCGACAUGACCGCGUGCCAAUCCCUACGGAUCUGCACGCCGUCCGCGCCGGACGGGUCUUUAUUCUACGGCGUUGAGACCGGUUCAGGCCCAGUCGAAUUACUCUUCUAUGAUAUCUGCUUUGUCAAGAGCAGCUUCCUACCGCCGCUCCCUGAAAGACAGUACAAAUCCCCCGGAACGCUCUAUCAUUCGGUUUCGCUUGUGGCACCUCCGGGCGAACGCCGCAUGAGUGAAGUAGCAUCGGCACUCGAAAAUCUGUACCUGCGCAUGAGCACGUCAUCGGCAUCCCGCAACUUCGCCGAAUUCUCUAUUCGUCCAUGGAUCACAGACGAUACCCAUGGAGAAUUACGCGAACUGUUCUUGACAAGCCGCGCUUUCACUCAUACCGAAGAUAUAAAAGCUGGACGUGUCAAGUCGAAGGCUUGUGUUAUACCCGCUGAGCUCGACUCGAACGGAUGUCUCCACCGCCUCAUCGAUGCCAGCAAAGGUUCGUUGUGCUUCACGUCCGAUAAUAUGUUCCGCGUAUGCGACCUCACUGUCUCACCCGACUCCCCGCGCGCAGCACAGUUCCCCAGUCCGGAUGUGGUGGUGGCUGGACAACUAGUCUACGUCACGUACUCCCUUCGGGGAAGCGUUGCUAAGCCCGCAGUGACCAAAGGAAGAAGAGCAGCGAAGAGCUCGUGGCAUUACACCUUCAAACCGACGCUUAGAUCUCUGUUCAUACUCUCCAAGAGUGGGCCAGUGGUCAUGAAGAGAAGUGCGUUGUAUAAAGCCCCUGUCGUGUUAGAAGCAGGUCGCAUGGAAGAGACGCUGCCGGAUCCCGACGAAAGCGAUGUGGAUCGCGACCUCAAAAGACUACGAAUGGACCCGCCUCGAUAG